GGUCGCGGCCGCUCUCCGGCGGUGACGUCACCGUCCGCACCAGCGCCGCUUCCUCCCAUCACACUCAAAUGCAGCUGCGCCAUCUCUCCUCCUUUGUCCUUUGAUCGGAGCAGAGCGGUUCGUUGCCGGGAGGUUUUGUGUGACCCCGCGUUACCGUUACUCACUCGGCGGCCGUUUUUUUCGUUUUGAGGCCGUUUAGUUUUUGUUUUUCCUCCAUCAACGCACGUAGCACGGAUUCGUUCGUUCCUUCGCUCGCCCGGCCGGUGUCGUUGCAGUAUGAGCCAAGCGAAUGCUAACAAGAGCAUUUCUGAGUCCGCCGUAGACGCAAGCCCCGCGCAGAAGAAAAUCAAAAUGGAAGACACCAAGUACCUCCCGGAGCUCCUGGCCGAGAAGGACAGCUUGGACUCGUCCUUCACUCACGCCAUGAAACUCAUUUCUGCAGAAAUCGAGAGGAUCCAAAAGGGUGAAACCAAGAAGGAGCCAGAGAAGGAGACGUACCUUGACCUGUUUGCAACCAAGAAUCUAAAACUCAAGGAGAGAGUACUGAUUCCCACCAAGCAGUACCCCCGGGUGAACUUUGUUGGCAAGCUUUUGGGACCUCAGGGCAGCACGAUCAAGAGACUUCAGGAGGACACGGGUGCAAAGAUUUCAGUUCUGGGAAAAGGUUCCAUGAGGGAUAAGAAUAAGGAGGAGGAGCUGAGGAAGGGCGGGGAGGCUAAAUAUGCUCACCUGUCCAUGGAGCUGCAUGUGUUCAUUGAGGUGACAGCCCCCAUCCCCGAGGCCUAUCUGCGCAUGGCUCAUGCCAUGGAUGAGGUCAAGAAGUUCCUUAUCCCGGAACCCGGUGAGCACGAACAGUACAUGGAUCCUCACUUCCUGAAUGGAUCCCAGGAUGGGUCAGGCAGGGGACGAGGUGGUCACCCUGGAAGGGGCAGAGGUGGACCCCCUGGUGCUGGAGGACCAAGGGGACGAGGAAUGCCACGUGGGGGUCCUCGAGGAGCAAUGCGCGGUGGUGCUCCACGUGGAGGAGGACUUGGAGGACGGGGCAACGCUCCUAGAGGUGCACCUACUGGUAGGGGUGGUCCACCUUCUGCUCCUAAUAGAGGAGGCUCAGCUCCCCGCUCGAGACCCCCUGCUGCCGGGGCACCAAGAAUGCUCCCCUCCGCAGCCAUGUCCCACCAGCAACACCAAGUUCCCUCUUCAGGAUCACAACCCAAAGCUGAUGGCUAUGAGGACUAUCCUCCAUAUGAAGACUCCUACGCAGAGGCGUCCUAUGAAGGAUAUGACAAUUAUUACAAUCAGCAGUCUGCGCCUGCAGAUACUGAAUAUUACGAUUAUGGACACGGGGAGGCCCAGGAGUCAUCCUAUGAGCCUUACGCUCAAGAUGAGUGGGACAACUCGUGGUCCAACUCCGGGGCUGGAGGCAAGGCCCCCCAAUCCAGGCAGGCGAAGGGGUCGUACAGAGAGCAUCCCUACGGAAGAUACUGAACGGCUACCGGUAGAGAGUUGCUAUGGCAACUGUCUCCGAUUGUAAAUUGCUUAACUUUUCAAAAGUAAUUUCCCUCCCGUUUGUUCCCUUUUUUAUGCUUUUAUUUUAUUUUUUUAUUUUUAACUCGGUACAGGUGUUUUGGUGGGUGUAUCAUAGAGUGCCAGGAGAGAGACAUGGAUGCAAAUUUUUCCUUUUCGUUGUUUAUCUGCUUCCAUUUAAUGUUUGUUUUCAGUUGCGUAGUUGACAGUUAAGGUCCUAGUGACAUAAACCGUAAAGGAAGAAAUUACAUUUUAGUGGUAUUUGAUGGUUAACUUUUCAGUUUCUGUGAUUGUGGCGAUAAACACUUUUCUCGUAGGCUGCAUGUUAAAAGUCCUCCGUGACUGGACAAUAAUGAAUCGUAAUGCCUCAAUGUAACUUCACUUUAACUAGAAUAGAUUGAGACGCAAACUCCAAUACGGCCCUGAGCCGUUACGAUUUAAAACAAUUUGAUUAUUCUACAAUACAAAUCUAUUAUUGUGUGAAGUUAUACAAUAUUACACAAUUGAAUUCCAUUUGACAAAGAAAUUCCUGUAUUGGCCAUACUUUAUAAUUGGUAUAUUACAAUCUGUCGGGUUAUUCCUUGAAAAAAUCAUCGCUGAUGUUGGACUUAAUUCUUUUAGAGCUUGAAUUAUCGAUUAACAAUCCUUACUCUGUGUAAGGAAGACUGCAGCCAACUCAAUAUUUUGUACAUAACUUUAGGACAACUGUGUAUGCUUUAAGCCGUGCCGUCUCCAAAAUGCAUAAUUCUUGUGUACCUUUGGCUAAAUAGGAUCCUAAAUAUAUCCCAAAAUGUUUUUCUGCAGUGCGUGUUUCAAUAAAGUUUCUAGUUUCUUUUUAAUCAAUUUAAACAUGGUAUUUUGCCUUUGUUGUACCAAAGGAAUGCCUUCAGUUGGUGAAAGUGGUCCUCGGCAGUUUCUCAACAUCAUUGAAUAAGCUGUGUGUACACGUCAGCCUGAGUUUUUUUUAAAAACGACCAAAAAAAAGCAGUGUAUUGCAAUUGAACUUAUCCUCUUCGUCUGUUUUUCAAAACGCAUCUAAGUGACACUUGUAUUAUCAAAAAAACAAAAUAAAGCUCAUCAUUCAUUGAGGUAA